CUAGAAUGUCUUUUUGGAUAUUUUUGUUCAAUUUUUAGAGAAUUUAAUUUAUCCAAUUUUUUAUUUAAAUUUUCUUCCCCUUUUAAUUUUCCUUCUUCACUUUCUUCUUUUAAAGCCAAAAUUAGGGAAUCUAUUAAUGUUCUUCUUUGUCUUCUUGCAAUUGCCCAUCUUUUAUCACAUUUAUCUGCUUCAUUCGAAAGUUGUUCAGCUAAGAAAGAGCCAAGUCCGCGUAAUCGUGAAAGGCCAUCUAAAGUUUCUUUAUGCCAUUUUUGUUCUAUUUGACUUUCCUGGUUUUCCUUAAAAAUUC